UUUCAACUUAACUUUUAGGACCACUUAAAUAUUUCCGGUGUAGAGGCAUCUGAUGACAUUUGAGACCCAAUAUUACUUUGGACAAUUUGGUGAAAUGAGAGCAUGAGUUUUAUUAGGCCUUUACCAAGUAAAAGCCAUGGCCUUUUGCGGCUAUCAACUGGAAGAUGGAGUAAGACGCCCACCCGUAAUUUCAUCCAAGGCACAGACCGCACGGCAGGAAGUGCAUUUCAAAGUCCACAGAUCAGAAUGACCCCCCGAAUGAUCAGAGUAGCCAGAUUUACCAAAAAAAUCGGAUGGAAAGAGGAACCUCCCAUACAUAUAACACCAAAUGAGUACCAUGCUAUGAUGACUACUUCAAGAAUAAAGGUGAAUAUUAUUGGUGUGGCCUUUAUGAUCUGUCUUUCUCUGUCCAUCAUCAGAAAAGGGAAAGAACUCCAGCAAAGGGGCCGGUCAUUACACAACUGUAGUGAAGAUGAAGUAGACUUGCUUAGAUUACAAUAUUUAUUGGGACUGAGGGAAGAGAGAGACAAAGCCAAAGUGGUAGCAGGAACCAGUAAAUCAUAGAGAACCAGAUUACAGACAGUUAAUGUUUUGUUGUUAUUCCUAUACAUUAUAACUUGUAAUCUUUAGAGAAUGGAUGUUUUAUAUAUUUUAUAAAAGUAAAUACAUGUACAUGUGCUAAACUAUUUUGUUAGACUGUUAAGUAAAAACUUAACUUAUAACUGUGAAUUGAAUUAUCCAAUUUUGAUAAAAUUGGAUCAUCAUGGAAAUUAAAUGCUGACUUAUUUUG